AUGACACAAAAGACGAUCCUCGUUACUGCUGCCAAUGGCACUGUUGGCGGUUCUCUGGUUGCAUCGCUCUUAGACCAAGGCUUCAAUGUCAAUGCAUUGGUGAGAAAUACAGAGUCGGACACAGCUCGCGAAUUUGAAAAGCGUGGAGCCAAAAUUUUCAAGGGAGAUUUUGACGAUAUCCCGUCACUUCAAAAAGCAUCGCAAGGGAUCUGGGGAGUAUUCGUCAAUGCCAUUCCAGUGCAUGGUACCUUGGACGAACUGCGACAUAACAUUAACGUUAUCAAUGCUGCUAAAGAAGCUGGAGCCAAGUUUGCACUGUAUAUGAGUGUCACCAUGACGGAUAUCAAAGACCAGUUCCCUAAUUUUGGCCCUCAGCAUCCAAAUUACAACUAUUGGCAAGCUAAAUAUGAGACAGAGAAAGCACUUGAACGGGCUGGAUUCGACUAUUGGACUAUCCUUCGGCCUGGAGUCUUCCUGAACACCUUCUGUGGACCUGUGGCCACUUUCUUGUGGCCAACCUUUCAGAAGCAGCAUGUCAUUCUAUCACCAAUCCCGCCUUCAGCCACUCAAUCCCUAAUUGAUCCUGACGACAUCGCUCGCUACGCUACUGCAGCAUUUGCAGAUCCAGAUACUUUCAAUGGUCAAGCUAUCGACCUUAGCGGUGAAGAAAUUACUCUAAAGGACUUUGCCAAGCUCAUCACCGAUAUUACUGGUAUUGACAUCAAAGUAGAACAUCUUUCCAGAGAGGAAGCAGCUAGUCGUGGUGUGCCAGAAGUAAUUAAUUGGUGGAAUGACUGGAAAACAGCACUUAGUUACAGCAUCGACUAUGACCGUUUGGAGCAAUUUCCCAUUCAGCGCACGACAUCUGAAGAGUACGUAAAGAACCACAAGGACGCUAUUAUCAACUUUUUGUCAACAUGA